UACUAGUAAUAGUAUAUCAUUUGAGGAUAUGGAUAACAAUAAGCAGAAAUUCUCAAUGCUUAUAAUCAGUCUUGAGCAAAUGAUACAGCAAAGUCAAUUUGAUAUUAUUGAAAAAGCUCUUUAUGGAUGGUUUUUCAUGGUACAUUGGCAACAAUAUUCCUGUUAUAAAGCACAAGAGUAUUACCAACAGAUUAUUAAUGCUGGAGUGGACUUACCUGCAAAAUUUGAAGUAGCAAAUGGUUGGUUGAAGAGAUUUCAAGAAUGGUUUGAAAAACAAUAUCAGGAGAAAGUUCAUCAGUCAAUAUAUCAGUAG